AUGGAAGCAACUAACAACACUGAGGAACAACAAAAACAAGAAACCACUCAGGAACAAACUGAGGUAAGCACUACUAGCACAGAGCAAACUCAAAAGCAGGAAGAAAAAGAACCAUACUUUGAUUUAGGAGCAAUUGAUCAGCCAAUCGAGUAGGUUCCAGUUCCAGUAAAGCAUAUAUCUGAGACUGCCUACGGAUACAAGCAAACCCGUAUUAGAAUUGCCAAGCUCUACAGUGAGACUGAGAAGUACAUGAACCAUAUCAUCACCAUCGCCGGUUGGGCUAGAACCACCAGAGCUGGAGGCAAGGACUUUUGCUUCGUCGAGCUCUUCGAUGGUUCCUUCCAAAAAGGUGUCUAGGUCGUAGUCUUUAAGGAGGUUGAGGGCUUUGAAAACAUUAUCAAGUGCAACGUUGGAACUAGCUUCAAGUUCACUGGUACUCUGAUUAAGAGUCCAGCCAAGGGGCAGCCAUUUGAAUUGCAACUGAGUUAAACUGAUAAGCAUAAAGCUGUGAUUUUCGGUCAUUGCGAUGCUGGAAAGUACCCUCUAGCCAAAAAGAGACACACAGUUGAGUAUUUAAGAGAAAUCGCUCAUUUAAGGCCAAGAACCAACUUAUUCGGUGCUGUUACAAGAGUUAGAAACAACUUGGCAUAUGCCACUCACAUUUUCUUCUAGGAAAGAGGCUUCUAAUAUAUUCAUACUCCAAUUAUCACAGCUUCAGAUUGCGAGGGAGCAGGUCAAAUGUUCUAAGUAACCACUAUUCUUCCAGAGCCACACGAUUCUAUUUCUAAGAUCCCAACCAAUGAUGGUCUAGUUGAAGAAAAGAAAGAAGAAGUUAAAGAAUCCAAGAAAGAUAAGAAGAAGGCCAAGAAGGAGAAGAAAGCUAAGGAUGCAGCUGCCACCACUGAUGAGACUAAAGCUGAAGGCGAGGAAACUAAGGUAGAAGAGCAACCAAAGACUGAUGAAUAGGUAGUACAGUAGCAAUAAGCAAUCCCCUUCGAAGAGAGAAAAGUCAACUACAAGAAGGAUCUUUUCGGCAAGCCCAGUUUCCUGACUGUCUCAGGUCAAUUGAAUGUUGAGAACUACGCAUGCGCUGUUGGUGAUGUCUACACUUUUGGACCCACUUUCAGAGCUGAGAACUCUCACACUUCCCGUCACUUGUCAGAAUUCUGGAUGAUCGAGCCAGAAAUCGCUUUCGCCACUCUCGAGGAUAACAUGGCAACUGCUGAAGACUAUCUCAAGUUCUGCCUUAACUACGUUCUUACCAACAACAUUGAGGAACUCCAGUUCUUCGACCAAUUCGUUGAAAAGGGACUUAUUGAAAGACUUAGAAAGGUACAUGAAACUCCAUUCAAAAGAGUAGCAUACACCGAAGGUAUUGAGAUUCUCGAAAGAGACAUCAAGGACAAGAAAGUUAAGUUCGAUAACAAGGUCUUCUGGGGAGUUGAUCUAGCUUCAGAGCAUGAAAAGUAUCUUACUGAUAAGAUUUUCGAAGGUCCAAUCAUCCUUUACAACUACCCCAAGGACAUCAAGGCAUUUUAUAUGAAAAUGAAUGAAGAUGGCAAGACUGUCCAAGCUAUGGACGUUUUAGUCCCUAGAAUCGGAGAAUUGAUUGGAGGUUCAGCCAGAGAGGAUAACCUAGAAUUAUUAGAUAAGAGAAUUGAAGAUUGCAAACUAGAGAAGGAGUCCUAUUGGUGGUAUAGACAACUUAGAGAGUACGGAAGCAUUCCACACGCCGGUUUCGGUCUUGGAUUUGAGAGACUUGUUAUGAUGUCCACUGGUGUUGAGAACAUCAGAGAUGUUAUUCCUUUCCCUAGAGCCCCAGGUGCUGCUGAGUUCUGA